AUGAAAGGUCUUCUACUUGUAUUGAUUUUCGCUGUAGCAAAACAGAAUGGCAUUCUAGGAAAAUAUAUUAAUGAUCAAAUUGCCUUGCAACAAAUGAUAGAUCAAACAUCAAAUAUUAAAAUGCAUAUUAAUCACAUUAAGGAUCUUGGUAUUUCCCUCGAAAAAAAUUUAACAAAUUUUUUAAGUAAAAAUAUUACUACCAAACUAGAAAAUCACAUUGUUGUACGCAUAGCUGAGGAAUAUUUCAACUUGAGCAAACAAAGAGGUCUACUUACAGCAGAAUGCGAAUCUAUAUAUAAUCUUCAAUACAAUAAAGUGAAAAUAGACAUCUACAAUCAACUUUACAAAAAAAUUGUUAACUACUACAGGGGAGUAAAUAUAUUUUUAACAACCAUAAUCAAAGAGGAACUGGAGGAUUUUGAAAAAGACGAAUAUCAACCAAUUCACGCAAAUUAUCUUCAAGAAAAAAUAAAUGAAGCUUUUAACAUUAUCGACUUAAUGAAAAAAGGACAACAUGAAAUUGUAAAUAAAACUUUGAAUUAUUUCCACGAAGACGAAUCGUUUAAAUUCCUUAAUAAUAAUUUGUAUUUACCUUUUAUGAGAUGCUUUAGAAAAACGUUGGUAUUUUAA